AUGCUGCGUGAGGCAUUUCUCAUAUUUACUUGUGUGGCAUGGGCGGGAUUUGCCAUUCAUCUCUCGCCGUGGAUGAAGGACAUCUCCCAUGAAGUUGAAGUUUACAAUCCGACUACAUUUCACUACCCAGUGCCAUUGUCCACACACAAUGAAGAACACACGCGUCUACUGCAGAAUCUUCAGAGAUCUAAUGGAAAAUGGGACUCUACCCACCCUCGACAUCGAUUGUUAACUGCCUUGUAUGGAUAUACCUGCCACAAAGACAAAAACCUAGCUGAGGUGACCCGAUGGAGGAAUCUUUAUAAAAAUGUCCCCAAGCGGCAGAGAACGUUGCUCGAAUCAACCAUCCACUACACACGUAAACUCAACACAAUGGAACAUCUGAUCGAGACCAACAAUGAACUUGCCAGGUCUAUUGUUGAUCACGGCCUUUGGUUCUACAAUAUCAGUCAAUCUGAGCUAGACGAAUUCAUCAAGGAAAACGAGAGCCAGCAGCGGUCGGCUGAUAAGACUAGCGUCUCUCAGGGGAUGAAGCAUUUUGUGCGUGACUGGGCAGAUGAGGGCCAUGAAGAGCGUGAACAGUCCUUUGGAUCUAUUUUGAAAUCACUCGCCCAGACGCUACGGACGAACGAUAGACCCUUGCGAGUGCUUUUGCCUGGGUCGGGAUUGGGAAGACUGGCGCAUGAGGUUGACAAUCUCGGAGGCUUUGAGGUCACUAUGAAUGAAUGGUCAACAUACAUGAAUCUGGCAUACCGUUAUGUAUCCAGUCGCUCCGUUCCCAACAGUGUAUCAUUUCACCCGUACAUCGACUGGUGGUCUCAUCAUGCCACUACCGAUGAUCUCCAGCGCUCCGUUAGGUUUCCAAACCAAGUUAUUCAGCCAUCAUCUGUCUUGCUCAUAGAGGGAGAUUUCACUACGGUAUUUGCAGAACACACAGGCCAAUAUGAUAUAAUCGUGACCUUGUUUUUUAUCGAUACCGCGCGGAACCUAGUCACAUACCUCGAGAUUAUCCACAGAUUACUUCGUCCUGGCGGCCGUUGGGUGAACCUAGGUCCUUUAUUGUAUGGCACCGCGCCAUUUGUGCAGUUAUCACUGGACGAGAUUGUGGCAGUAAGUGAGAGCAUGGGCUUUGGGUUCCAGGAGACAGAUCCCGCAGUUGGAAAUAUCACAGUGCCUGACUUGCGAGUGCGAGGGUUGGAGGUGGCAUAUGGUCGAAACGGGCGUGGGUUGAAUAAGAAUGCAUAUCAGGCACAGUAUUGGGAGGCUGUUAAGCGCUAA